UGUGUUUAUAUAUUAUGUUAGUCUUAUCAAAUUAUACCAAAAUUUAAAAAUAAUUUUUAUUUAUAUAUUUCUACCCAAUCUCUCCUCAAUUAUUAAUUUCUACCUAUUCUUGUUAGAUGCAAUAAAUUAUAAUUAAAAAUUAUUUACAAAAAGUUCGUUUUUUCACUUCAAUUAUUAAAUUUAAGAUUUAUCUAAUUUUUACAUCAUACUCUAUGUGAGAACUGAACUAAUGAAUAAUAAAAGAUAAUAAAACUUAAUUAAAAAAUAAAUAUAUAUAUUUAUAAUAUAACACUUAUGCUAUUAUUUCUUGAUUAAAAUUUUAUUAAGCAAAUUAUUUUUCAUUUUAGNCUCUUUAAUUAAUUGAAUGGUAUAUUUAUUUAAAUUUAUAAUAGUCAAAAUCAGAUAUA